AACAUCAGUGGUGGCCUUUACAUGGAUCCUGUUCUGUCUAAGCCUCUUCCAGACUGAAUGCCAUGGCCACAGGGCUUUUGGGGAUUUGUGCCACCUCCACAAAAGCAAACGCAGUAGUAUGAUAAGACAUGGCUGCUCUCAACUAGAUGUGGGCGUCACGUCUGACAGGAGGGUAUAAGUGUCCACAUAAACUGAGCUGAAAGGAUUUUGUCUCAGCGAAACUCCAGCAGAUGAGGAUGCGCUUCGUUGUUAUGGUGAUUCUGUUGCCGGCGCUAAUGAUGUCAGGAUCGGAAUGCAGGUCCAGCUGUCGGCUCACCAAUAUCUCCAUCACCGUGGAAAGUGAGGAAUGUGGCAGCUGCAUCACAAUUGACACCACUGCCUGUGCCGGGCUUUGCAAAACACAGGAAAGUGUUUACCGUAGCCCACUGAUGCUGUCUUACCAGAACACCUGUAACUUCAGAGAAUGGACGUACGAGACCUAUGAGUUCAAAGGCUGCCCUGCCAGGGCUGACUCCAUUUUCACUUACCCAGUGGCCCUCAGCUGUGAAUGCAGCAAGUGUAACUCUGACAUCACAGACUGUGGAGUCCUCAGCCAGCAGACACUCGGCUGCAAUGCACAUUAGACAAGGAAACUAAACACCCCAUCUGCAACUUUGAAAGCCUUUUGUACAGUUCUGAAUAUUUCAUAAUACUAUGUAAAUUGCAUAAUGGAAUGAAACAAAAUAUAUAACAUUUUAAUAUUAUUUGCAAGCAUCAAUAAAUAUAACAUACUGCAAGAAC